AUGGAUACACCCAUCUCUGAGGCGUCGACGCCGUCAUCUUUAUUGGUAGGCGACUCAAGCGGUAGCACAGAUCACGAGACCGAACCUACCAACCCUCCUGCGGCUCCAAUCACCACGCUUGGUCGUAUACUCAAGCUCAGAAUAUCUGCCAAAGGUGACAUCGACGAGGUCUGGCCAGACACUGUCGAGAACGUAUUACCAGCCCUGAAGAAAAAUCAGACCAGAGAGAUUACGUCGAUGCUUCUGGAGCCUAUCAGCAUAACCGUCAAUGAGGAAGAAGAACGUAUCCGUGCCCACAGCAACAGGCUUCCAUCCGGCUUCUACCGCACUUAUUAUGAGACUUCGCAGACUGCCUGUUGCUUCGUGAACAGAGACACCCACCCGAAGCACCGCGAGUUUCCAGACCUGAAGAUCACUGCAGAUAAUGCCUUCCAGUCUAUUGGAUCAUUCUCCCUGGCCCAUGAUUUGAAAAGGGAACGCAUCGAACGCCAGUUGAUUUGGAACAAGAAGAUCAAAUCAUCGUCCUACAUCUCCGCCUUUGACGAUAUCGGCAAGUUUCUUCAACGGAUCGUUAUGCGUGCAUCAGUGGCCCGGAUAGAAACCAAUGGUUUGAUGGCCGCGACCGUGCGAGCACAAAUGGCUACGACAGUGAAAGUCACUACCGUAUAUCCCACGACACUCCUCAUCAAUGACAUCCACGAAGCCACAAAGAUUCACAACGUCACCAUUCCCGUUUGGAUCCGCAAAAAUGCCUUUCCCCAAGACCGCUCCGCCAUCACCUCAAAACAGUGGGAGUCGUCAGGCACAGACAUGUGGCUCUCCAUUACCGAGAUCCGCAAUUCAGAUAUGAAGCUGGUUCUCCCCAAGAUUCGGCGCUGGGACACUAUUGCAGCCAAAGGUCACGCAUACGAAUGGCUUGCGUGCGACUUCAUCCCCAGAUCUCUAAUCACCCAUGUCAUGCCCUGGGACGGUUUCCGACUCCACCUUGUCCCAGACGCGCGAAUCGUCCACAGCAUCGACAGUCCCGGACCAUGGGUUUUCGACUCGAAGUCACGCAUGUGGAAGUAUGACCCACGGCUGUAUCGCACAGCCUGUUUCCUCACCACGUACGGCGGCAACAAGCGCAAACUUUCGGAUCAAGAGCUGAACAAUGCUAUUGAACCUCCCAAGGUAAAGCGUAGGAAGACGGUUCGCAUAACAAAAAACAAUGGCAUCAUGGUGAGAACUGAUGUCACUCCGGUGGCUAAGCGCAACAACAACCCGUACCAUCCGGAUUACACGCCUGAUCCUACAGAGUCGGCUCCGGCUGUUUCGGGCUGCUGCUCGGCUUGUGGGCACAGGAAGACGCUGUUUCAACUUGACGAAGAGAUUGAUGGGCCCUUGGCUUACUUGGACUUGGCUGCACCGUCUACAAAUCGAGGCCACUGA